AUGGUAUUGACGCGCUCACAGGCAGCCAAGCAGAAAGCCCACCAGUCGCCGGAGGCACACAGGCCCUCCAAGCACGCCGCGACCGCCGACGCUCAACCAGGCGGGGGCACGGCACAGCCCAGCCAGCCGCUGGCAGACAAGCUGCUCAACGUGCACAGCGGCAUGGGCUCCAAGGCGUCCAAGCUGUCCAGGCUGAGGACAGGGCCCUGCUCACACCCCAUUACCUCCCUGCCGGGCUCGCCCGCCGUCAGCCCGGGGCCCGGCACCCGCGAGUUCACCAUUGCCGCGGUGCAACAGCAGGCGCAGCAGGCUGAGCUUGGCCAAGCGCUCGCCGCAGUGGCAGCAGCGCAGGCGGGAGCAGGGGCUACCGAGGGAGAGCAGCAGCCAGCUGCCGAGGCGUCGUCAGUUGAGAAGCGGCAACCGGAGGGGGAGGAGGCAGCGGCAGGUGGCCUGCAGGCGGCGGCGAUUGGGGAGCAGGCAACCGCGUCCGACCCAGCAGCCCCCGUCGGCAUGCCGGCUGAGCACCCCGCAGCGCCGCAGCAGCAAGCGCAGCCCCCCGCGCCGCAGCCGCGGCCCGAGAAGCUGCUCAAGCGGCUGCCGGACAAGGCGGUGCCGUGCGACAAGCUGCCCGACGGCCCCGAGCCUGUGGUGGUGGAUGUCGAGUAUGUGGCCAGCCAGGACCUGCAGCCCGUGGCCGAUUCGGCAGCCGCGGUGGCGGCGGUGGUGCCGGCCCUGGAGGCCGCCGAAUGGGUGGAGGCGGUGAAGGCCAUCAACCUGCUGCGCCAGCUGGUGGUGCACCACCCAGAGGCCUGCGCCCCGCAGCUCAACACGCUCAUGCCGCUGCUGCUCAAGUCGGUGCGCAGCCUGCGCAGCUCGGUGUGCAAGACCGCCAUCAUGGCGGUGGCUGAUGUGUACACCACCUACGGCGACCUGCUGCUGCCCCACACCGACGUGGGCGGCCAGCUGAAGCCCACCACCAGCCUGCUGGCCCAGAUGCUGCUCAAGUGCAGCAGCAACGACAAGAAGUUUGUGAUUGAGGAGGCGCAGCGCGCGAUGCAGGUGAUGGUGGACAGCCUGAGCGCGGGCGAGGCGCUGCGCCUGCUGCUGCCCUAUGCCGACCUGCACAAGAACCCCAAGGUCCGCGGCAAGGCGGGCGGCGCAGUGGCGGCAGCGGUGGGCCGCAUGCAGCCGCGCGACGUGCUUGCCUUUGGCCACCCGCGCUUGCUCAAGGUGGCGGGCAAGCUGGUCACAGACAAUACGCCGGAUGCGCGGGACAGCGCCAAGAAGGUCAUUGGCCUGCUCAAGGCGGCGUUUGCCGACCCGGCGGUGGAGGCGCAGCUAGCGGUGGAGGUGCCGGCCCCGGCGGCGCCGGCAGAGGGCGAGGAGGCGCCCAAGCAGCCCACCAAGUGGGAGGCAUACUGCCAGGCCAGCCUGAGCGUGUCGGCGGCGCUGGCGGUGCUCAAGGCGUCCAGCGAGUGA